UUCCGUGACACAGCAAACACAGAAAGACAAAGUCCAUUUGGAUGGAAGUGAGAGCGGAGUGACAGGGGCCAUUUUGACUCUGUAGCCAAAGGAAAUGACUGGUCUGACGGGGUCUGGGAGCCGGGGUACCCAGGGUCUGGGACCAUGACAGCCAUGUUUCUCACAGAUGACCCCAGAUUUCUGCACUCUGGGCAGUAUGUCAGGUGCCACUGGACUUGAUCUGACACCCUUUACCUAAAGGAUGGCCAAAGGGCUCUUGGUGACCUAUGCCCUUUGGGCUGUAGGAGGCCCUGCUGGGCUCCACCACCUGUACCUGGGGAGGGACACUCAUGCACUGCUCUGGAUGCUUACCCUGGGGGGUGGCGGGCUGGGCUGGCUCUGGGAAUUCUGGAAGCUCCCGAGCUUUGUAGCUCAGGCCAACAGACCCCAGAGGCAGAGGCAGAGCUCAGUAGAGAGGACACCCCCUCUCAGUUUCAUUCGCUUUGUCGCCCAGGUGAUAGUGGGCAUCUAUUUUGGCCUGGUGGCUCUCAUUAGCCUUUCUUUCAUGGCCAACUUCUAUAUUGUGGGCCUCCCACUGGCAGUUGGCUUAGGGGUCUUGCUUGUGGCUGCUGUUGGCAACCAGACCUCAGACUUUAAGAAUACACUAGGGGCAGCAUUUCUUAUUUCCCCUAUCUUCUACGGCCGCCCCAUAGCCAUCCUUCCCAUCAGCUUGGCUGCCAGCAUCACAGCCCAGAAGCAUCGCCGCUAUAAGACUUCAGUUGGGUCAGAGACACUCAGUGUCCGGCUCUACCGUCUGGGCUUGGCUUACCUUGCUUUCACAGGCCCACUAGCCUAUAGCACCUUCUGCAACACAGCAGCCACCCUUAGCUAUGUGGCAGAGACCCUUGGCUCCUUUUUGAGUUGGUUCAGCUUCUUCCCCCUCCUUGGCCGCAUCACAGAGUCUGUCUUCCUUCUGCCUUACCGGAUCUGGAGGCUGCUGGUGGGGGAUCCUGGUUUCAGCAACAACUCCUUCCGUGAGUGGGAGAAGCUCUAUGAGUUUGUUAACAGUUUUCAGGAUGAGAAGCGUCAGCUGGCUUACCAGGUUUUGAGUGUCUCAGAGGGGGCAACAAAUGAAGAAAUACAUCGAAGAUACCGGGAGCUAGUGAAGAUCUGGCACCCUGAUCACAACCGACACCAGACAGAGGAGGCUCAGAGGCACUUCCUGGAGAUCCAGGCUGCAUAUGAAGCCCUGAGUCAGCCCAGAAAGCCCAAGGGAUCCUGGAGGUGAGAAGAAAUUGCCCCUUGAGGGUGGACUCUUCCUGGCAGAGCUGAGCAGCUUGUCCCAACCCAGCUUUGCCCGCACAGGUCAUCCCAACAGCAUUGAAGAACUGGUCUGUUUGCAGUGGAGAUGAGAAAACCUUAAAGGAGUGAGAAAGCUAUUGUAGUGGAAUAACGUUUCUGUUUUGAAUUUCUCAAUUGUCAGUUAUUGUAUUCCUGAUAAGUUCUUCCUAAAACUAGAUAGUGAAAUUAAAGGCAUGUUAUAAAACCAAUAAGAUAUCUUUUAGAGAAUAUACAACCUUGCCCACCCUGGUACAUUGAUGAGCGAUGGAAGAAGAUUGUUUAACAAUUUCUUUUCUCUUUCUCUCGUUUUCUUUCUCCCUUUCUUUCUUUCUUUCUUUCUUUCUUUCUUUCUUUCUUUCUUUCUUUCUUUCUUUCUUUCAUAUGCAAAGUACUGAGUUAGGAGAUUGAAGGAAAAAUAUGAAGGUUCUCAUAUUUCACAAGCUGUCCUGUGGCAAUAGGGAUUUGAUCUGUAGAUUACCAAUGGGUAAGAGAGGGGUUAAAUGAGAAAAAUUGCAGAAAAAUAUCUUAAUUCUAUUUAUAGGAGAGCUUUCCACUUUUCCUAAGAAGGAGCAAGCUGCCGUGGAGUGGGGGUAGUACCGCUAUCGCAAACUUUUCUGCUUGGUGAAGUAUUGUAGAGAGCCCUGAGAUUUUGCUUGGCUGGUUGGACUGGCUGAAUUCUCAGGUCUCCCCCUGACCCUGAACUACAUACUCUGCUGCCUAGGAGCUUACAGUCCGGUGGGGGAUAUAACAUACACAGAUAUCCAAGUUCACCUCCUUCAGCGUUUUGAACUAAGUGUCAUAAGAAUUAUAAGUGGAGUACACUGGAACAUUGGAGAAGGGGCAGAUGACAUUGUUUGAUGGGGACUCAUGGGAAAAUUUAUGAUUUUAUAUUUCAUGUGCCUUUAUGAGGGCUUUGGGGAAACCGAGGGAACCAGUGCUUGAGUAUCUCAACAGGGUCUUAUUUAAUUUCCAUGUAACUAGCCAAGUGUGGAAGAAACGUCUAGGAUGGAUAGGAAGACAGACUGGAGAACCGGAACAUGAUGUUGAACUUAUAUACUUUUACUCCAGUUUUCUUGCUCUUCUUUUGUGUUUGUGUGAUCCCUCGAACUUUUUUUCGGGAAAUUAACUCUGAGUGAUAUCUAUCUAUCUAUCUAUCUAUCUAUCUAUCUAUCUAUACACACACACACACACACACACACACACACACACACACAUAUAUAUUUUAAGGUAGAAUUAUUAUUAUUUUGGCUAAUACUCUUUGCAGAUUAAAAUAAAAUCUGGUCUCAUCUGAUCAACUGAGAGGAA